AUCCUACCUAGGUAGUUAGCAUCUUACACUCUUAAACCCCUGGCUGAACAGCUUCAAUGUGAGAGAGCUUAUGGUUAACAUCUCGUUUUCUGUGAACAUACUUACCCUUAGUAACAUAACUCCUUAACUGUGGACCAUCACAAUCCUAAUCAACUAAUCUCUCAAGUUAAGGAUAUCUCUCUUUCACAGUCAAUUACCUCGUCAUAUACCUAGGUUAGCUACUUGGCAUCUAACAGCAUAUUUUGCAUGUGACCUCGUUCCCGGUUGGUCCGCGUAGAUAAACAUCCCCGACACCAUCUUCUACAUAUACACAAUUUAUAUAACACCUACACUACAUACCCGGGUACACAAAACAACACCAUGGCACCCCAGGGACCCAUCGUAACCCCCCUCACCACCCUCCUCGGGAUCCAGCACCCGAUCCUGCUCGCCGGCAUGGCCCGAGUCUCCGGCGGCGCCCUCGCAGCCGCCGUCUCCAACGCCGGCGGCCUCGGCGUCAUCGGCGGCUUCCAGUACACGCCGGACCAGCUCCGCUCCAUCGUCUCCGAGCUCAAAGCCGCCCUCCGCUCCCCGGACCUCCCCUUCGGCAUCGACCUCGCCUUACCCCAGGUCGGCGGCAACGCCCGCAAGACCAACCACGACUACACGCACGGCAAGCUCGACGAGCUCAUCGACAUCACCAUCGAGAGCGGCGCCCGUUUGUUUGUUAGCGCCGUUGGCGUGCCCCCCAAGAAAGUUAUUGAUCGUUUGCAUGACGCCGGGAUCUUGGUGAUGAACAUGGUCGGGCACCCGCGCCACGCCACCAAGGCCCUCGACCUCGGCGUCGACCUCGUCUGUGCGCAGGGCGGCGAGGGCGGCGGCCACACCGGGGACAUCGCCUCCUCGAUCCUGAUCCCCGCCGUCGCCGACGUCGCGCAGCGCUACCGCCCGGCGAUGCUGCACGGCUCCCCCGCGCUCGUCGUCGCGGCCGGCGGCAUCAGCGACGGCCGCUCGCUCGCCGCGAGCCUGAUGCAGGGCGCGGCCGGCGUCUGGGUCGGCACGCGCUUCGUCGCCAGCGUCGAGGCCAACUGCAGCGACGAGCACAAGCGCAGCGUCGUCUCCUGCGGCCUCGACGACACCGAGCGCACCCUCGUGCUGACCGGAAGGCCGCUCAGGAUGCGCGUCAACGAGUACAUCCGCCGCUGGCACGCGCAGCCGCAGCGGAUCAGGGAGCUGUGCGACAGCGGCGUGGUGCCGAUCUCGCAGGACCUCGAGACGGGCGACGCCGAGGUCGACUUCCCGCACCUGAUGGGGCAGGUUGCCGGCGUCGUGGCGGAGGUGCUGCCCGCGGCGCAGAUCGUGAGGGAUAUGGUGGACGGCGCCGUGGAGAGGCUGAGGGCGGCGCAGGGGUUUGUCGGGGGUGCUGGGGGUGCUGGGGGGGAGAUCAAGGGGAAGCUGUGAAGGUUUGAGGAAGUUUCGCGAAAGGCCGAAGCACC